AGCUCGGGAACCACGCACGGUAGUUCUCCACCGUUUCACCGUGCACGGGAGUCUCACGAUUCGGUGGAUGUUGGGUUGGCGACAUCGUCGUUGAUCUGAAGGGUCAUCUGUCGACUUCGACAUCAGAACGUCGAUGGAAAAUCUUGAGGUUUUGAGGGGUGACAAGCUCAUAUUGAGAGGCUUGUUGUUCCAUGGUUUCCAUGGGGUGAAGCCAGAAGAAAGGAAACUGGGUCAGAAAUUUUUGAUUGAUGUAGAUGCUUGGAUGGAUCUGCAGGCAGCUGGAAAAUCAGACGAGUUAUCUGAUACUGUCAGUUACACGGACAUCUAUCGCUUAGUUAAGGAAGUUGUGGAAGGACUGCCCAAGAAUCUUUUAGAGGCGGUGGCAGAACACAUCGCGUCCACUACCUUGGCGAAAUUCCCCCGGAUAACGGCUGUUCGAGUGAAAGUUGGGAAGCCUCACGUUGCAGUUCCUGGUCCUCUUGAUUAUUUGGGCAUCGAGAUAACAAGGUACAGAAGUUCUUCUAAACCGGAUCAAGUUGUUUGUGCAUAAUGUGAAAGGGUCUUCAUAUUCAAUAACCCUGCUUCUAUUCCGGGUAUAUUGGAUUUCGACUAGUUUUCUGUAAUGUUAAUUUUCUUUCAGAGGCAGAUUACUCGAACUGAAUUUUUCAAUGUA